AUGAUGUUUUUCCCCAGAAAUGCCUCCAACAAACACAGAAAUAUGCUAUUCGGCUCCUCUAGAUUACAUUACAACUGGGGUUCAUCCCACUACUAUGUCCCUGCUCCUGAUCAAGAUUCUCUAUCCAAUUCAGCAGAAUUCUUGAAUGAUGAUGGAGAUCGUGAGUCUAAGCUUUCUGGGUAUCUCGAAUGGCUGGAAGAGAAGGUUAUUGAAGAUAAUUACAUCGAUGGCGGAGAAGAGAAUGUUGAGAAAGAUAUCGAUCGUUUAGCGGACAAGUUCAUCGCUAGCUGUCACGAGAAGUUCCUGUUGGAGAAGGUCGAGUCCGACAGGAGAUUUCAAGAAAUGAUGGCCAGAAGUUUGUGA